AUGGAAGAAAUAUCCGAACACACAUAAAUAAUUGAGAUAACAAGCGGAGAGUUAAGCGAUGCCCUCAAAAGAUCGAAAAACGGUAAAGUAGUAGGACCUAGAGACAUCCCAAUUGAGUUGGUAAAGUAUAGACCAAAAAUAUUACAUGAGAUGUUGGUUCAACUUUUUAACAAAUGCUUAAAAGAACAAAAUAUCCCUGAUGAUUGGAAUGUUGGAUACAUCAACUCAAUAUUCAAGAAAGGGGAUAAACGCAAAUGCUCUAAUUAUAGUGGAAUAACUGUUAUCAACUCAGUGGGGAGGUUGUAUGGUCGAAUAAUAAAAGAAAAAAGAGAAUCAGAAUACGAAGACAUAGAGGAACAAAAUGGAUUUCAUGCAGGAAGAUCGUGUACUGAUGGUAUAUUCGUUCUGCAGGUAAUCAAAAAAACUUAAGGCAAGGAAUCUAUCUACCCACAUAUUGUUUGUAGAUUUAGAGAAGGCAUACGAUACGGUACCUUUGAAAAAACUGUAUCAAACAUUGACGAAAGUAGCUCUCGGUAGAGAGUAUGUGGAUGGUAUCGCAAAUAUAUACAAAAGUGCCAGAAGUGUCGUUAAAGAAGGACACUUCAUUAUCUGAAUCAUUUCCAAUAACAAAGGGGCUUAAACAAGGCUG